AGAUGGCCGACGCAAUGGUCCACGUCGAUUGUUGAUGACGUUUUUAUGUAACUUUUGACAAGUGCGCGAAAUACAAAGCGACAGGAAGAGGACCUUUUUGUGUUGUAUGUUUUAUACGCGCUGAGUUACUCUCCUCGUCAGUAAUGGAGUACGGAAAGGAGAGAGUGGUGGCGUUAGUGGACAUGGACUGCUUCUACGUCCAGGUGGAGCAGAGGAUAAACCCAGCCCUGAAGAACACUCCCUGUGUGGUGGCCCAGUACAAAACGUGGAAAGGGGGCAGUAUCAUAGCUGUUAGCUACGAGGCCAGAGCCCAUGGUGUCACCAGGAACAUGUGGGUGGAUGAUGCAAAGAAGCUGAGUCCAGAUCUCCAGGUGGCACGAGUGCGUGAGUCUCAUGGCAAAGCAGACCUGACACUUUACAGAGAGGCCAGUGUGGAAGUGAUUGAGGUGAUGUCUCGCUUUGCUGUGAUUGAGAGAGCCAGCAUCGAUGAGGCCUACAUGGACUUGACGGCUGCGGUUCAGGAGCGGCUGAAAACAAUGACAAACAAACAAAUCGAGCCUCACCUGUUGAAGGCCACCUACAUUCAGGGGUUCCCACAAAGCCUGCCUGAACAGGAAGCGUCUGCAGGGGAAGCUGCCUUAGAUAAAGAGGAGCAGAGGUCCAGAGGUCUCCUGCAGUGGCUUGCAUCCUCGUCUGGCCCUGUGGUGGGAGAGCAGAGCUCUGCAGAACUGCAGCUCGGUGUGGGCGCGCUCAUCGUGGAGGAAAUGAGAGCCGCUGUAGAGAAAGUCACAGGUUUCCGCUGUUCAGCUGGAAUAUCGCACAAUAAGGUAUUGGCCAAACUAGCCUGUGGUCUGAACAAACCUAACAGACAAACUGUUCUGCCUUUGGACUCCGUGGCAGAACUUUUCAACUCUCUACCAAUCGGCAAGAUCCGUAACUUGGGGGGUAAGCUGGGCGCCUCCAUAACAGAAGCUCUGGGGGUAGAGAACAUGGGGGAUCUUACUCGCUUCUCUCAGGCACAAAUAGGACAGCACUUUGGAGAAAAGACAGGCCAGUGGCUCUACGAUUUGUGCCGGGGGAUUGAGUUUGAAGCAGUGAAGCCCAGACAGCUUCCCAAGUCCAUCGGCUGCAGUAAAAACUUCCCUGGGAAAACAUCACUGGCUACCAAAGAGCAGGUUCAGUACUGGCUUCAUCAAUUGGCCCUUGAGCUGGAGGAGAGGCUGACCAAAGACAAAGAAGUGAAUGGUCGAGUGGCUAAGCAGUUGACAGUUGGCGUGCGUCAGCUCGGGGACAAGAGGCCGAGCAGCUUCUCGCGCUGUUGUGCCUUAGUGCGCUAUGAAGCCACCAAAAUCGCCAGUGACAGCUUUGCCAUUAUCAAGAGUCUCAACACAGCAGGAAACCACCAGGCUGCAUGGACUCCACCCCUCACCCUGCUCCACCUCUCAUCCAGCAAAUUCAGUGAUGCUCCGUCAGCAGGGGGCAUUGCAGGCUUUCUGUCGAGUGAUGUGACGGCAACCCAGAGCAAUGCCACACAGUCCUCCACACAGUCCUCCACACAGUCACCAUCUGAAGGGAAAAAUGGCAAACAAUCCAACUCCAUCCAGUCUUUCUUUCAGAAGGCGGCUAAAAAACAAAGAGAGACAGCUACAGAAGAUGUAGACGAGGAUGAAGAUAAAGGCUCCCUGCAGUCUUCUUCACAUAAAACCUCUGCGACGGAUACCAAGGAGGAGACGGAUACUAAAAGUCUGUUUCCCUCUCCUUCUAAAAAAGGAUCCAAUUCAGGUAUUUCCUCUUUCUUCCAGAAGAAAAGUCUCGAAAGAAGCUUUCAAACCUCCGCUUCAACAUGUAAUGAGACGGAAACUGGAAAAACUCCAGAGCCUGUCGAUGAAGAAGACUCUGAAGAUGCUGAUUAUGUUGUGUCAGAUCUACAGGACAAUCAUGCCUCAGAGUUCACUUCCCACCAGUCGCCAUGUGAAAAGUCAAGAGACGAAGAGGAGACUGAUCCGGAAGUGAAUAAUCUUCCUCUGAAUGUGUCAGGAGAAGACCUGUUAGACUGUGAACGCUGUGGUGAAAAAGUGCUGGUCUGGGAUAUGCCUGAACACAAUGACUAUCACUUUGCGCUUGACCUCCAGAAUUCCCUCUCCUCAUCCUCAGGUUCAGCAACCACUCUCUCUUCCUCGUCUUCCACUUCCACUUCUUCUAAUGUUCCCUCAGCUCCUUUCAGAGCAGGAGCAGCCAGCACAGCAAAGUCCUCCUCCAGAGGCAAGACAAAAAGCAGAGGCCAGUCAGGACCUCAACCGAAGCGGCAGAGAUCUCAAGGGAGAAGUACUGGGACUCUAGAUUCUUUUUUCAAGAAAAACUGAAAUGGUCCCGCAGAUAUGCAAAAAUAUUUUUUAGAUAGAACAAAAUACACAAAUCUACUAAAACAUAUUUAUAAUGUACAAUAAUACAAAUUGUACAUAUUUCCUCAGGGAGUGGAAAGCCAUGAUGAAAUGAUAUGCAACAUAAAAACUUGUUCAAAAUAAUCAGUGUUAUUGUAUUUUAACAGGAUGAGAAACAUUUAUGCAACAUGAGAAAGGUACGGUGGCCCUGAAGGACAGAACAAAUUAACAAAAGUUAAAAACUUUUACAAAGAUAGAGACAAAUUUACAUUUUGGAAAACAUUUUUACA